CGAAAGUGAAAGUGUAACGGCGAUUUACGAGAAAUCAGGUCUCUUCGUGUAGGCUAAUUAUUAUGAGCUCUCCUCCUAAAGACAUCCGAUAGGGGCGGAUAUUCUGCAUGACUGUGUGCUAUAUAUGCAGCGUUUUCACUGUCUAUGGUUUUCACUAGCCUUUGGUAAAGGCGAGUGCUGCAGGCUACCUAACCGAGUUUAAAGCAGGCUGCAAUGUCGACGGUCUGUUCAGUCCAGUUUGGUCACUUUAUUUCCUGUUAGAUCCGUAGCCUACUUCGCGUUGAUCUACGUGUUCUUCGACGCCAGGAGCCUGAAUCUUCCAUCAAAAAUAUCUUAAAGUGAAGUCAUCUUAGAGCCAGCCAUGUCCCACGGUCCACUCCCCAUGGCAGCGCCUGUGUGCCUGAUUGAGAACACAGACCAGGGCCUGCAGACGGUGGAGUCGUCCCUCAACCUCCUGCGGAGGAUCCAGCAGCCCGUGGUGGUGGUGUCCGUGGUGGGGCUCUACCGCACCGGCAAGUCCUACCUCAUGAACCGGCUGGCCGGGCAGCAGUCAGGCUUCGCCCUGGGCAGCACCAUCGAGUCGAAGACCAAAGGCAUCUGGAUGUGGUGUGUUCCGCACCCCUUUCAACCAGGACACACACUGGUGCUGCUAGACACUGAAGGACUUGGUGAUGUCGACAAGGGCGACUCGAAGAACGAUGCCUGGGUCUUCUGCCUGGGUGUGCUGCUCAGUAGCACCAUGGUCUACAACAGCAGAGGCACCAUCGACAACCAAGCCAUAGAGAAACUGCACUACGUGACAGAGCUGACCGAUCAGAUCCAGGUAAAGUCCAGAGGGGCCAGUAAACAGAAUGACGAUGACGAGAUCCCGGAGGACUGCGAGUUUGUCCGCUUCUUCCCCGGCUUUGUGUGGGCCGUUCGGGAUUUCACUCUGGAGAGGAAGAUCGAUGGUCGUGAUGUGAGCGAGGACGAGUACCUGGACUUUGCCCUGCAGUUGAAGAAGGGUUUGAGUAACAAGGUGCUGACCUACAACCUCCCAAGGCAGUGCAUCAGAAGCUUCUUCCCAACCAGGAAGUGCUUCACCUUCCCGUUCCCGACGGAGGCGAAGAACAUGUCACGCCUAGACUCCAUGGCUGAGGCCGACCUUGACCCGGACUUCCUGAAAGUGGCUGAUCGUUUCUGCACCUACGUAUUCGCAGAGAGCCGCGUGAAGACCGUACAAGGAGGCUAUAAGGUCACUGGCAGCCGGUUCAGCCAUCUUGUGAAGAUCUACGUGGAGACCAUCAACAGUGGCAAGGUUCCCUGUCUGGAGAACGCAGUGGUUGCCAUGGCAGAGAUCGAGAACCAGUCGGCUGUGAACGAGGGCUUCCAGCUCUAUGGUCGGGGCAUGGAGAACCUGAAACAGAACUUCCCCAUUGAUCUUGAGUCUCUCUCGACGGAACACCAACGCCUCUCCGCCACGGCAACGCAGGAGUUCCUGAAACGUUCCUUCAAGGACACAGAGGGGAAGUACAUGACACAGUUGCAGGAGAAAGUGGCAAGGCUCUAUGAUCAGCUGAUCAAUGAGAACAUGGAAGCCUCCGAAAAGUUGUGCCGGAAGCUUCUAUUCGACCUGUACGCGCCGAUGGCCGCCAACAUUCAGCAGGGCAGCUAUUCCAAGCCAGGCGGGUACGAGAUCUACUGCCGCGACCGAGACGCCAUGGUGGCCAAGUACCGGCAGCAUGGCAAGAAGGGCAUGAAGGGGGAGGAGAUGUUGGAGGGGUUUCUCCAGGAGAGGAACGCUGAGGCCAACUCCAUCCUGAUGGCUGACCAGAAACUCUCCGAGGCUGAAAAACAAAUGGCCGAGGCCCGUGAGCAGGCUGCAAUUCAGGAGCAGCAGGCCAAGGUGGCGGCACAACGUCAAGGGGACCUGCAGCGAGCGCUCGAGGACGAGCGACGCAGCCAGGAGGAGCGCUUGAGACGCAUGGAGGAGAAGAUGGAGGAGGAGAAACGCCUCCAGCGUGAGGAGCUGGACCGCGCCCUGGAGAGCAAGCUGAAGGAGCAGCAGGAGAUGAUGGAGAAGGGCUUCAGGGACAAGGCUGAGAUCAUGAGCCAGGAGAUCGAGCAGCUCAAGAAGGAGAAGGAGAAUCAGAAGGAGAUAGCGCUGCUGGAGCAGGAGAACAGGAUGGAGGAGGAGAAGUACCGACGGCUAGAGAGCCUCCUGGAGGAGGAGAAGAGGAGUCACGAGGAGAACCUCAACCGCCUGAAUGAGAAGCAGAAGCAGGAGUAUGCGCUGCUGGCGUCCGAGCAGAAGGUGGCGCUGGAGAGCAAGCUGGCAGAGCAGAAGGCGCUCCUGGCUCAGGGCUUCCACCAGCAGGAGCAGGAGCUGAAGGAGCAGAUCCAGCAGCUGAAGAAGGAGCAGGCCCAGAGGGAGGCCGAGGAGGCGCGCUUGCGUCAGGAGGAGGCGCGUCUGCAGAGGGAGGAGCAGCAGCAAGCCACGCAGGCCACCAUGCAGGUCUUGGGCAACACCUUGGAGACGUACUACAACUACAAGCAUAAGAAAGAGGACCGUCGCCUUCAACAGGUCCGGGCCCAGAAGGAGAAGUACACCUACAAGAACAAGAUGGUGGAAGCUGCAAAGAAAGUUGCGAUGGGGUCAAAGGUCGCGGGAGCAAUGAAGCCUGGGCCAUCUGAACAGAAGCCUGGGCCAUCUGAGCAGAAGACUGUUUAAGAUUUUGGCACCAGAUAUGUGCCAUAGAUGUCCAGUCACUUGUAGGCUGACACUGAUGAACGCAUGAUUGCAGUUUGUGUGAAAACUGAGGUAGACCAUCAUAGUAAAUGGUUGUCAUCAGCUGAUUUGAGGUUAUUUGUUGGUUUGUCACGUAGAUUUCUUGGACCAAAUACUUUUUACUCUAUUAAUAUAAUAUUAUUUUACUCUACUGCAUUACUGUUCAGGUGUACGUGAUGCACUGUUCGAAGUUUGACAGGGUUGUUGUUAACUCUUUUUGCUACAGCAUUUGUAACUCACUGAAUCAUUGAGCUAGAAUUCUCUAACUUUUACAGAAAGUUGGGCUGCUCCCACUCGUUUACCACUAAAAUAAAUGUAUUGUGAUACAACCUGGCCCGUCACUACUGUAGCAUAAUAGACCUCUGAAGUUUGUCUACAAAAACGUAUUUUCUAUGAGAAAAUAUCAUGGGGAUUUUGAAGUAUCUCACCUGUUAAAUUUCCGCAGGGAGCGCAGGCUGGGCUGGCCCGGAGACGACACAGUUUCUGAUUAAACCCUUUUACACGUUUGUCUUGUCACUCAACAGCUCCACAUAUAGAACACAUAUAGAACACAUAUAGAUGCAGUAACUAACCCACUCGGACACUCUCUCUCUCUCUCUCUCUCUCUCUCUCUCUCUCUC